UAGCGCCCGGAGAAUCCCACUUGUUCGGGACCGAACCACCUCCUCGGGUCGGCGCUGCGGGUGAGGCAGGAGAAUCCCUGGCGUGUAGAGGCAGCAAGCCAGCUGCACGUGGGAAGGGUGUGCUCAAAGCGAUUCAGGCUGUAAUUUCGACGCAACCUGGAACUACAGUUCCCGUAGUGCUUCACGCCCCUCCAGCAGGCGCUGCCGCCCUGCGACGGCGUGGUGCAUUCCGGGAUUUGUAGUCUAUUACACGGCCUUGCGUAUCUUAUCUGGAAGGUGGACGGAUCAGUGAUCAGUGCCAAUUCAGAUGCGGAAACACGCUGACAGGCACCAGCCCGCGACUAUUCCUGGGCCCUGCCUUAAUGCUGUCCCUUCCUACCUUAACUCUUUGGAAGAGAGUGGCAUUCCUGCUUCGCCACCCUUGCUCCAGUGAGAGGAGUGGACAGCAGGCACCAGAGGCCCUUGCUCACUCUGCUAUGCUUUCAGGCUACAGCCGGCCUGAUUGAUCAUGGCCCUUUCUGUGGAGACCGAGUCACACAUAUACCGAGCUCUGCGCACUGCCUCCGGGGCUGCUGCCCACCUUGUGGCCUUGGGCUUCACCAUCUUUGUGGCUGUACUUGCCAGGCCUGGCUCCAGUCUCUUCUCCUGGCACCCUGUGCUUAUGUCUUUGGCUUUCUCUUUCCUGAUGACCGAGGCAUUGCUGGUGUUCUCUCCUGAGAGUUCGUUGCUGCGCUCCCUUUCACGGAAGGGCCGAGCGCGUUGCCACUGGGUUCUGCAGCUUCUGGCCUUGCUGUGUGCGUUGCUGGGCCUGGGCCUUGUCAUCCUCCACAAGGAACAGCUCGGCAAAGCCCACCUGGCCACGUGGCAUGGGCGGGCAGGGCUGCUAGCUGUGCUGUGGGCAGGGCUGCAGUGCUCAGGUGGGGUGGGGCUGCUCUACCCCAAAUUGCUGCCUCGAUGGCCCCUGGCCAAGCUUAAGCUGUACCAUGCCACUUCGGGGUUGGUGGGCUACCUUCUAGGGGGUGCCAGCCUCUUGUUGGGCAUGUGCUCACUCUGGUUCACUGCCACAGUCACCGGUGGGGUCUGGUACCUGGCUGUGCUUUGCCCUGUCAUUACCAGCUUGGUCAUUAUGAACCAGGUGAGCAACGCCUACCUGUACCGCAAGAGGAUCCAGCCGUGAACUCUUCCCAGCCUUGGGAAAGCCUGGAUUUGCCCCUCAGCUUGGGAGCCGGGUUUGAGGCCUCCUGGACUCCCUCAGCUCGCUCACGGGACACCUCAGGCCCUGGGGCAGCCGGAGUCCUGCGUGUGACACUGUUACUUGCUCCUCAUGCUGUGGUGCCUCCCCUUUCCUUCCUUUUCUACCGUCCCAGAGGAGUUUAUGCAUCAUGUGCCUGGUUGAAGUCGGGGUUGCAAGACUGUCCUCCACCCCCAGCAACUCAACUUUUGCUGGUAUGUCCAGAAAUUACAGAAGAGAAGAAAGUAAAAUAAAGUGAAAAAAAAAAA